CCAAGAGAGCACAAGAUACCUUCAUCUGUUCCGAUAUGCCGAAUUCAAGCAGCUCCACAUCUUCCACAAAGAGCGUCCGGAGAGCUGCGUCUGAACUCGAGCGCUCCGAUUCCAUUACGUCUCAGAAGUUUGUGGGAAGGCGGCAGAGUUUGAUCGAGGAUGCGCGCAAGGAGCGCGAGGCGGCGGCCGCGGCGGCGGAGGCUGCGGGACUCAGCGAGCAGAUCGUGUUUGAGGAGAGCGAUGGAAAAGCCUUGCUCAGUCUCUUCUUCUCUCUGAGGAGUUCAACGAGUCCAGCGCUGUCCCGCACUCUUAAGGUUUUUGAGGUAAGAUAUCCUGAAGAAAAUCAGCGCACAGGGUUUCAGCUGCGUCCGGUGGCAGGUCUACUCUCUGCUCGGGAUUUUCUGGCCAGCCUGGCGUUCCGUGUGUUCCAGUGCACACAAUACAUACGGCACGCUUCCUCCCCCAUGCACUCGCCUGAACCGGAUUGUGUCCAUGAACUUCUCGGACAUGUACCGAUAUUGGCUGACAGAACAUUUGCACAGUUUUCUCAGAGUAUUGGUCUGGCCUCUCUUGGUGCUUCUGAUAAAGAUAUCGAGAAACUGUCAACACUGUACUGGUUCACAGUGGAGUUUGGACUGUGUAAGCAGGCAGGGACGGUCAAAGCAUAUGGAGCAGGACUGCUCUCGUCUUAUGGCGAGCUGGUGCAUUCUCUCUCAGAUGAGCCAGAGCGACGGGAAUUUGACCCGGACACUGUAGCUGUUCAGCCGUACCAGGAUCAGACUUACCAGCCCGUCUAUUUUGUGUCUGAAAGCUUCUCAGAUGCUACAGAGAAACUGAGAGCAUAUGUGACCCACAUCAAGAGACCAUUUUCUGUGCGGUUUGACCCGUACACAGACAGCAUAGAAGUGCUGGAUAACCCACUGAAGAUCCAGCAGGGGCUGGAGACCAUUAAAGAUGAACUGAAGAUUCUCACGGAUGCCCUGAAUGUGUUGGCUUGAUUCUGUUGCGAGGAGCCAAUCAGCUGUCCUGUUCCUCUCUGCUUCAUAUGUGACGGUCUCAUCGUUAUGCUGUGCGUUUAUGUCUACAUCUGCUGCUACAGACGUUGUUGCUUUUAAAACGCUGAGUACCAACCUCAAAACCUCAAGCCUGUAGUUGAUUCCAGAAACCUUAAAGGGAUAGUUCACCUAAAAAUGAAAAUUCUGUCAUUAUUUAU